ACAGUUAGCUGAGUUACCCGGCUGGAUGGUAGUUUACCGCGCGGCAGUGUUCCAAAUUGAGCUUUACUCCCUACAUAGGCGACUAUUCUGUAAUAGGAACUUAUACUUGAUGUAGUGCACUAGGAGUGUAGCAGAGAUGCGUUUGGGAUCGAGCCGAGUUGGGUUGUGAAAGAAGGAGAGAUGUGUCAGAGGAUUUUGUCCUGGGGCAACUGGUGAAGAUUAUAAAAGUAAAAAUAAUCCAUGUUUAGGUUUAUAAAUAUGACAUUGAGUAAAGUUGUAGGAGGUUCAGCUGAGACAGAGCUAACUGCUAAUAGUUUGGUGAUGGAGGUGAGGAACUCAUCAUGGCAGAAGACCCCAGAGAAGUUGUAAGCAACUCCGUCUGACGAUGAGCAGGAACGAUGUGAGGAUGGAAAUGGACCUGACUUUUGGAUCAGUGAAGCCUUGCGGGUCGUCUCGCAGUAUCGUCAGAAGGAUCGGCUCGACUCUCCCUCUCGCACCAUGCCCUCGGAUCCACUUUCAGCUCCAGACGUUCAGUGUCAGAGCUGGAGCAGGAGUCCUGGGCGCUUCAGGAGGACACGACCAGAUCGUAGCCUCAUUAGCUGACAUAGCGUGGAUCGAGCAAGAGGAGAGCGAUGUCUCCGAGGGACGACCAUCGGAGGCCGGCUCGGGGUUGGCGUUUCGUGCUCACCGGUGCCAACCUCUCAGACGUCAGAACUCUUUACCCAGCAUGCACCGGGCCGCACACGCUCCACAAAGCCAGACACUCGUCAACGAGCAGGCCAUUCAGAAGAUCAGUGCUCUGGAGAACGAGCUGGCUAAGCUGAGAGUGCAGAUCGCUCAGAUCGUACAGGCCCAAGAGCGGAACACACAACCUGCAGCUCUUGCUCCAAGUGGUCCUCCUCCUCCACCACCACUACCUUCUCUUGCAUCACCACCACCACCUCCUCCUCCUCCACCUCCUCCUCCAGGCCCUGGCAUGCAGAGGAGCUUUUCUGCUAUUGAUCUCAUCAAAGAGCGCCGCAGUAAAAAGUCUGAUCAGAACACAGUGUUGGCAUCGGGGCCUAAACAGCCUGAGGUGCCCAACAUGUUAGAUGUGCUGAAAGACAUGGGCAAAGUGAAGCUACGUGCCGUUAAAAACCGUGUUGAGGAGGAUCACACCAAGACUAAAGCCAGUGAACCUACAGACCCUGCUGCUCUCAUCGCUGAGGCUCUGAAGCGCAAGUUCGCCCAUCGCUUCCGCAACGACAGCGAGUGUGAGACCAACUUCAGUCUCCCUGCUCGAGAACCCAACCCAGGCUCAGACACACCUGCGUUUGGACAGCACAUGUUGAAAUCAACAGGAAGGAGAAAACUCGUGUGACGGCGGAUUUGCUAGCUGAACGUUGUGUGUGUCUGUCUGUGUUUGUCUGUGUGUGUCUGUGUCUGUCUGUGUGUGUCUGUGUGUGUCUGUCUGUGUGUGUCUGUCUGUCUGUGUGUGUCUGUCUGUCUGUGUGUGUCUGUCUGUCUGUGUGU